CGGGGUGACGUCACCGCGUUGCAGCGGGGCGGGGCGACGCCGAUGACGCGGGCCAACAUCACGUGACCCCAACGGCGGCGGCGGUGGCGGAGACUCCGAGAGACACCCAGCCCCGUUUUCAUCUUUGAUAAGAUUUGAAGGGGGCACGUACAUCUGAUCACUCUUUGUGCUGGUUCUGUGCUGAUCUCUGGUUCAGCCAUGUCGUACGGAAGAAUUGAGGACAACCGCUUUAGCUACCACUCACAGCCACAGGACUUCAAUACCCUCAUUCAAACAUGCAGUGUCAACAUCCAGAAAAUUACACAGAAUACUGCACAGAUAAAUGCGUUGGUGCAACAACUAGGAACACAACAAGAUACAAGUGAACUUCAGGACAGACUGCAGCAGCUGCAGCACUACACAAACCAGGUAGCGAAGGAAACCAAUAAACACCUUAAGGAGCUUGGAUCCCUACCUUUAACGUAUACUGAGCAGCGGCAGCAGAGAAUACAGAAGGAGCGUCUCAUGAAUGACUUUUCCGCAGCUUUGAACAACUUCCAAGCAGCACAGCGGCAAGCCGCAGCAAAAGAGAAAGAAUCUGUAGCCAGGGCAAGAGCAGCAUCACGCCUCUCAAGUGGUUUCAGUGAUGAUGAACACAAAGAAGAACAACUUGUGUCAUUUGAAAGUAACGAAGAUUGGAAUCGGAUGCAAGCUCAGUCCCAAGAUGUGGCGAUUACAGAAGAAGACCUGGAGUCGAUUAAGGAACGAGAAACUGCAAUCCAGAAACUUGAGGCUAACAUCUUGGAUGUCAACCAGAUUUUUAAAGACUUGGCAAUAAUGAUCCAUGAUCAAGGAGAUAUGAUUGGCAAGUGCUACCUUCCAUUAAUUAUUUUGUUCAACUUUUGUGAUCAUGUAAUUAAGUUGUUGCUGGAAGAUAGAAAUCUCUUGAGUGCCACAAGAGUCCCAUCAGCUACAGCACUAUGAAAUGCAGAGUAAAACUGACUUUGCAUUGGUUUGUCAUUUGUCUCAAACCUAAAAGACCAUUAUUUUGUGUUCAAAUGUAAUGAAUUGCAUUACAGCAUAAACCAUCCUUUGGCUACCAUGCAUGUAAUUGCACACACGAGCGCGUGCAUGUGCUUGCGCACACUCAUACAUACACACACCCCUCUGUUCUUGUUUUUUAUAUAUCGGCAAUGAAAGCAGGCACCCCAUAUGCUGCCCUUGUUUCUGACACCUUCAGGGAUCUUUGCAUUUGUACAUCACACUCCCUUCUCUUUCUCACUUCCCCCCGAUUCCUCGACCAUUCAUGGUAUAUGACCUAGCCUGAUUAGACACAUCUCACUUAAUGGCAAUACCUUCAACUCUCUCACCAUCAACAUCCUCAGUGUCGCUACUGACCAGAAACUCAGCUAGGUCAGCCGCAUAAUCUCUGCCUACAAAAAGCAGAUUGAAAGUUUGAUAUCCUGCUGAAGAUGAUUCCGUUUUCUAUUAUCUACAAGGCAUAAGUAUGGAGUGUGAUGGAAUAUUGUCUACUUACCUGAAUGAGUAUUGCUUCAAGAAAAUUCAGAUAACUACCAUACAGGAAGAAAGCAGCUUGCUUGGUUGGCACCUCACCCUAAACAUUUGUUCCAUCUACCACUGGUGAUGACUGUAGUGUGCGUCAUUCACAACGUGCACUGCAUCUUCCCAAGCCCACUAUCUCUACCGAAAUGUGUAGGAUGGAACUGCAGAUGCUAGUUUAAACCAAAGAUAGAUACAAAAUGCUGGAGUAACUCAGCAGGACAGGCAGCAUCUCUAGAUAGAAGGAAUGGCUGCCUGCCCUGCUGUUACUCCAGCAUUUGUGUCUGUCCACAAUCUCUACCACCAGAAAUGAUCAAAGGCAGCAGGUGAACUGGAGGUAAAUCAUCUUGAGGAGGUUUCAAGAAGGCGAGACCACCAAUGCCAACCACUUCAAGCAGACAUUGAGAUGAGCAAUAAAUUCUGGCCUUGCCAGUCGUGUCUGUACACCCAAAAAAAGUGUUUUAAAGCAAAUCUUUAUGAAGGAACUGCAGAUGCUGGAAAAUUGGAGGUAAGACAAAAAUGCUGAAGAAGGGUCUCAACCUGAAACGUCGCAUAUUUCCUUCGCUCCAUUGAUGCUGCCUCACCCGCUGAGUUUCUCCAGCAUUUUUGUCUACCUUUAAAGUAAAUCUUGAUCUGCUUUGCUGAAUAGCUAAUUUUGAAAUAACUCUAUUAUUUUUUAUUCAGGGCCAAUUAUCAGAGAUGCUAGUUUUGUUCACCUCGCUUUAAAAAGGCUUGCUUUGUGAUAGGCGUCUAAAUCUUUGGGUCUGAUGCUUUUCUGUUUUGUUUCCUACAGAUAGCAUUGAAGCAAAUGUGGAAAGUGCAGAAGUACAUGUUGAGCAGGGAACUCACCAGUUACAGAGGGCAGCUUAUUAUCAG